AUGGCGUACCAGGUCGGGCAGGGCUACAGCGAACAUAAUCCAAUUCCAACGAUCCAACGUUAUGAAGCGGACGUAAGGGCACGAGAAGACUCGAUGUCUCCUGAGCCAAUGUCACCUUCUCGCUUCUCUUACGACUCGAACAAGGAUCUGCCAAGGACUCCCCCGGACGAGGAGCCUGCAAGUGCUCCCAACGAGGCAGGCGUCGGCCACAUGGAUGGCGCUCAUUCAGGCGAAGGUGUCCCUGUUGGCGAAGAAGACCAUGUCAAAAAGUCUGAAAAACAAGCUGUUAUGGAUCGUAUGCAAGGUCCAAAGGAGAAGCCUACCGACAAGGUUGCAAAGAAACGUGGAACUCGAACAGUGAAAGAUCCCACCACGGGACAAAUGGUAACUAUCAAAGAUGCCGACUUCAAAGAUUACCCAAACCAAUCCGAGCUCGACCCCAUGGGCGAAGAAGGUGGUCCAGCCACUCAGCCAGUUGGUGGACGCGAUUUCAAGUCUCAUAUCCCAAAGCAGCUUCGAACUAACAAGACAGCGCCAAAUCCUGCUCGUCCUGGUAACAUUUCCUUACAGCCUUAUCCCCCCAGCACUCCUCCCCACAUGGCGAAUGUUCUAGCCAAGUUUGACCACCUUCAAAUCGCUAUUGUUGUAUCGGGUAUCAUUCUCUGGUUCUUCAAUGCCUUUGGUCGAGGAUUCUUCGGUUUCAUGUUCGCUCGACGCUUAUCGGCGCUUCUACGUUUGGUCUCGCAACUCUUGCAUCGCUUUCCCAGCGCUCUCUCGAGAAGGAAAUUGAACGCUGUCGAGUGGCUCAAUGCAUUUAUCAAGACCAUUUGGGGCUUGAUUAAUCCCGAGAUGUUCGUCAGCGUCGCCGAUAUGAUCGAGGAUAUUAUGCAGCAAUCCCUUCCUGGUUUCGUCGACGCUGUGAGGAUUUCCGACAUUGGCCAAGGCACCAACCCAUUCCGUAUCGUUUCUAUGCGUGCGCUCCCGGAUCAGCCUGGAGAUAAAGAGUACCCUCGUGAGGAAUGGAUCGAUCAAGGCACCAAUGAGCUCAUGGAUCGCGCUGAAGCCGAGCGCAAGGCUGGACGAGAUGCCGACCAGGCCGGAGACUAUGUCAACUUUGAAGUUGCGUUUGCGUACGCUGCUCUCCCGGGCCAAGGUGGUGAUUUGAGGAGCAAAAACAUCCACUUGUUGAUCGAGUUCUUCCUGGGACUAUACGACUGGUUGCAUAUUCCUAUCCCGAUCUGGAUCCAGGUUGAAAAUAUUGUUGGGACAGUUCGGUUGAGGAUUCAGUUUAUUCCCGAGCCGCCAUUCGUCCGUAAUCUGACUUUCACUCUCAUGGGUGUUCCUGGAGUCGAAGUCUCUGCUAUCCCAAUGAGCAAGGUUUUGCCCAACGUUCUUGACUUGCCGUUGGUCGCGAGAUUCGUCAAGAUGGCCAUUGCAGCCGGAACUGCUGAGUUUGUCGCUCCCAAGAGCAUGACUCUGAAUAUACAAGAAAUGUUGAGCGGCGCCGCGAUUGGCGAUACGCUUGCUGCGGGAGUGUUCCUCAUUACGAUCCACCACGCCGAGAAUCUUUCUGCCCAAGACCGCAAUGGACGCUCCGACCCAUAUAUCGUACUAGCGUAUGCCAAGUUCGGGAAGCCUCUUUACUCCACCCGGAUAGUACUUGGAGACCUGAACCCAGUCUACGAAGAGACCGCCGCUCUCCUGUUAAGCCAAGACGAAAUCAAGGCCGAGGAAGAUCUUUCUGUGAUGCUCUGGGAUAGCGAUAAGCGCAGCGCCGAUGAUCUUAUCGGCCGCGUUCAAAUUCCUGUUAAACAGCUCAUGAGCAAGCCUAACGAGGUUAUCCGUCGUACCGAUAAACUUGUAGGAUUCGAAGACGCUACUGAUAUGCAAGGCACACUGCAUUGGUCCAUUGGUUACUUCCCCAAGGUGCCACUCAACAAGGAGCUCGAACGUGCAGAAGAGAACCCACCACCACCUUCCAAGACCGCGCCCGAAAUGGAAAUGCUCCCGAACGAUAAAGCCCCUAAUCCCGCUAGACGCGACCUUCCUCCACCUCCCCCAGACGUAUCUCGCACUCCACCGGACCCAGCUUACCCAUCUGGUAUCCUCAAAGUGGUCAUUCACCAGAUCAACAAUCUCGAGCGUCAGAACUUGUUUGGAACAACUGGCAAAGAGCGAGAAGGCCAGGCUGGGCAGGACACUGACGAGCCAAGCGAGCAGGGUAGCAACUUACCGAGUGGAUAUUGCGAGUUGAUUGUUAACGAUGAUAUGAUCUACAAGACUCGAGUCAAACAAUAUACUACACAACCGUUCUUUGAGGCCGGGACAGAGACGUUUAUUCGUGACUGGCAAAAUACAGUCGUCCGAGUUGUGGUCCGUGAUGCUAGGCUACGAGAGCGCGACCCCAUUCUGGGCAUUGUCAACCUGAAUUUGAAAGAUCUCCUCAAGGAUGCGUCCGAGGUGACCAGGAUGUUCUCGUUGCAGGAGGGUAUAGGUUUCGGUCGCAUGAAUAUGUCUAUUCUCUUCAAGGGUGUUGACGCCAAGCUUCCGCGCAACAUGCUCGGCUGGGACACCGGCACUGUCGAGCUCCUUUCCGAUAUUACAAUCACACCCGAACCCAAUGCCAACGGUCGCAUCCCAUCGAAGCCAACUAGGCUCCGCGUCUCUACCACAGAUAGUACUGAAGUCAUUGCUCCUAAAUCAGCUACACUCUCCGAUGGAGUUGUCUCGUACAAUAUCGAGAAGCUCCGCCUCCCCGUAUACAGCCGAUACGCUUCGAGCUGUGUAUUCGAGUUUGGUGGAGGAGGUAUCAUGGGCGGGGCCCCCGAUGCCCUUGCGGUGCUUUGGCUGAAGGACCUUGUCGACGAGGAAGAGACUGAUGUUCGCAUCCCCGUAGUCAUCGGGAAGGACCUGAGACAGUUGAGGCAGAACGUUUUGAAUGAACAGACGAAGAAAACGCAUGAAUAUGAGAUUGUCGGUUGGCUGACGGUACGGAUGAGAUUGGAUGAGGGUUUGGAUGAGGACCAUGAAAAACAUGCAGCUAGUCAAGCCCGUCGUCAUGCUUUCGAAGCCUACGACCACGUCGAAGGCGAGGCCCUCAUUGCAGAGCGAAAUGCCCACUUUGCCGAUGACGGUGUAAUUGACAAGCGUGAAAAGAAGGAGCUUGAUGCUGCUCACAAGCGACAGCUUCAUAACCGUCAACGUGGCAUCGCUGGAUAUAGGCCAUAUCGAACGGCCCAGUGGAUGAAGCAGGGCAUCAAGAGACGCCUUAUGCCCAAGAAGAGUUCGUCAAAGCGUGAACCUACUGUUAACUCGGAAGCUUAA